AUGGCUCCAUGGUCGUUGAUUUCACCCGCCUCUCGAGGCAUUGGCUUUGCUCUUGCGAGAGAAGUCCUGCGUAGUACCAAUGCGCCAGUUGUCACUACAGCGCGUAAAGAUCUUGACAAGGUCAAGGAAGAACUGCUCGAUGGACUGCCAGUUGAUGAAAGCCGACUGACAGUGCUGAAGCUGGAUGUGCUAGACGAAGCAUCAAUCGCCGAUGCCGCUGCUGCAUGUAAAGCACAAUUCCCAACCAGCUCUCACCACCUCCAGCUCGGCUUCAUCGUCCCCGGCAUCCUCUUCCCCGAGAAAUCCCCAGCCCAAAUCCAAGCCGACAACGCGCUCUUGACAUUCCAGACAAACACCCUAGGCCCCAUGUUGAUGCUCAAACACUUUUCCCCCUUGCUCCCCAAAAAAAGCACAUCCAUGGAUGCAGACAAAUCCACCAUGCAGGGCCUCCCCACCGCAUCCACCCUAGCCAUCAUGUCCGCACGCGUAGGAAGCAUCAGCGAUAACCGCCUAGGCGGCUGGUACAGCUACCGGGCGUCCAAAGCAGGCGUGAACCAGAUUGUCAAGACAUUUGAUAAUCAUCUGCGCACGGCGUCCGGGGACAAUGCCAUUGCCGUUGCGUUGCAUCCCGGCACUGUCAAGACGGGCCUGAGCAAGGACUUUUGGGGCAAUGUUAAGAAGGAGAAGUUGUUUGAGCGGGAUUGGGUCGCUGAGCGGUUGCUGGGUGUGGUUGGGCGGGUGGGGGCGGAGGGGAGGGGGAGGUGCUGGGAUUGGGAUGGGAAGGAGGUGUCGCCUUAA